UUCUUUCUUGUAUCUCCUGCCUCGGGAAUGUUUUCCAAAAAGCCUCAUGGAGACGUUAAAAAAUCAACACAGAAAGUGUUGGACCCGAAGAAGGACGUGUUGACGAGACUCAAGCAUCUCAGAAUUGUCAUAGAAAAUUCUGAGGCUCCAGAUCUGAAGCAGUUCUUUGACUUCUACUAUUACCAUAUCUACUAUGUCUUCUUUGAAAACUUUGUCACCAUUGAAGUCAGCCUCAAGCAAAAAGGUCACAAGUCUCAGAGGGAGGAGCUGGACUCAAUCCUCUUCAUUUUUGAGAAAAUCCUUCAGCUUUUGCCAGAGAGGAUCCAGAGCCGGUGGCAGUUCCACAGCAUCGGAUUGAUUCUUAAGAAGCUGCUUCACACUGGAAACUCUCUAAAGAUCCGUCGGGAAGGCGUGCGCCUGUUUUUGUUGUGGAUGCAGGCGCUGCAGAGCAACGCCGAGCACGAGCAGCUCUGCAUGUUCGCGUGUUUGAUUCCUGGUUUUCCUGCUCCUCUCUUACGGGGGACCCCACGCACCCUGGACACUCUGAUCAACCCGCCACUGAGUCUGACCGAGACUCAAGUGACCCCAGAAGAAAUCACACCACUGGUCGCUCCGCAGUCCGGUGAUAAGAACCAGGACGACCUCACUGCCUACUUCCUUGAAGCCUUGCUGAAAUACAUGGUAAACCAGGCAAAGUCUCUAGAGUGGCGGUGUAAAGAGAACCAUGAACGUGGCUUCAGCUUCCUCUUUGGUCACUUCAGGAAGUUUUACCUUCCUCACAUAUUUCCCAAUUUCGCCAUGGAAACAAGCCUUUACAACCCCAUCUUGGAUGUUCCCCCGAUGCGUCCUAAGCCCUAUUACAGUGUGGUGCGCCGAGAGCUGGAUGGCGGUGAGACGGUGUACUGCACCAAGGAGAGCUUCCUUCAGGCCAGAGUUAUCUUUAUCCGCUGGCUCGUUUCCUUCUGGUUGGAACCACGACCAAACACUCAAACACAGAUCCCAGGAACAGAAGGCGAGAACGUCCCGAAGAACAUACAGCGAGCAGCAGCUGGAUUAGCCGCUCGCACAGCAGGCAGCUCAGAUGACGGCGGCGGAGGGGGGAGUCGGUCCGAGAGUCACCUAGAAAGAAGCGGGAGCUCCUUGGGGCCCGCAGGAAGCAGCAUGGGAGGUUCGGGGGCUGUAGGAGAGCCUGAACAGAGCCACUCCAACACAUCCACGCUGACGGAGAGAGAGCCCAGCUCCUCCUCCCUCUGCUCCAUGGACGAAGAGCAGCUGACAGACAUGGAGGUGGUGAGGAGAGUGCUGACGUGCUCCAGAACUAACGUCAACUUCAUCAUAGAGAUCUUCAGACAGGGAUUACUUCUUCCUAUGUGUGAGGCAGCUGCGAUGCGUAAAGUGGUUCGAGUUUACCAAGAGUGGAUUUCCAUGGAAGACAAGCCAGUGUUUAUGAAAGAGCCAGACGAAGGUCCGUAUCCCAUUCCUGCUGCUACCGGUCUGGAUACUGGCUCUCAGCUGGGAGACAAAGAUGACGAGGGAAUAAACAAAGAAACUGAUGGUGAAUUGCUGGAAUACAGUGUUCAUGCUGGAGUUCAAACAACACUGCAGGUGUUUAUCACCCACUCCUCCAACGUUUUCCUGCUGGAACCCGCUAAUGACAUCAAGUUCCUUUUAGAGGAACAUGUCGACAUGUGCAAACGUGUCCUGAACAUCUACCGCAGCCUCGUCAUGCAUGAAACUGUGGAACAGAAAACAUGGGAGCAGAUCUUACUGGUUUUGCUGAGAGUGACAGAAUCUGUCAUGAAAAGACCUCCAUCCAUCAUGCCUCAAGGGAAGAAAAGCAACACGCUGUCAGGCAGGCUGGCUGGGCCUAUCUUUCAGACUUUAAUAGUUGCCUGGAUUAAGGGCAACUUGAACGUCUAUAUCAGCAGGGAACUUUGGGACGAUCUCCUCUGUGUCCUUUCCUCUCUGACCUGCUGGGAAGAGCUGGUUACUGAGUGGUCACUCACCAUGGAGACCCUCACCAAGGUUUUGGCCAGGAACCUGUACAGCAUGGAUCUGAAUGAGCUGCCAUUGGACAAACUCAGUGAACAAAAGCAGAAAAAGCAUAAAGGAAAAGCUGUGGGUACAGAGGGCCAGCGGCAGGCUGUGGAUCGUUCCUUCUCUAAAGGAUGGAGCAGAGACCAACCGGGUCAGGCAGCUGCCAUGCGCCAGCGAAGCGCCACCACAGCAGGUUCACCUGGCAUCGAAAAGGCAAGGAGUAUUGUGCGUCAGAAGACUGUAGCCCUGCGUAGCUGUUCUACGGGGGACUCUCUACUGUCCUCAGCCUUUAUUCGCAGUGCUAAGAGUGCUCCUGCUCUGGCUCCGCCUAUUCCUGUCCUCCUCCACCACCACCACCCUUUUCUACCCCCUCUUGCCGACCAUCUGGCAGAUCUCGAGGACCCCCCAAUCACGCUGACAACCCGCACCUCACGAACACGCCACUCAUCACAGAGCGAUGAGACUCCGCCCACUACAUGUUCCACGGUCUUCCAGGGAAGAGCUUGUGACCUGGAUGCCCCGGCUUCAUCCUCCCUUGCGCGGAGCAGCAGCGCCUCUGACAUCAUGGAACCGUUCAUCACUGAGCGGGUCAAAGGUGAAGACACCCAGAGGGAUCCCAUUUCCUUCCCGAAUCCUCCACACCACUACUCCACAACUACCUCCUCACUUGCAGCCAACAGCCACACAACUCCGCCUCUCUCACAAUCCCUCACCUCCCCUGAUACCACACCUUUCACCUUCUCCAAUGGUGUUUCCUUGUCCUCAGAGCCACAAGAUGAUGCUAGUGUUUAUAACCAGUGCUGGUUUCGAGCUGGUUCUGGAAGCCACUGCUCUACCUCUGACUGGGUGAGCAGCUGGGACUCUGCCUUCGCCUUUUCAUCUGAAAAGGAAAUUGAUGCAGACGAGGGGGAAAUCGGUUGUGAGGCUGAGGAGGACGAUUUAUUCUCCUCCAUCCGAGACUACGUCAUUCAGAUGGGAGGUGAAAAGAAAGAGGAGGCCAAAGAGGGAGGUGUUGGUCAUCUGUUAGAUAGUUUUGUUGCUUUACCGGCACAGGAAGCCAGGUCUAAAUUAGAGUACACAGGACAGUUAGGGGAGGAGAAGCAGGUGGUAAAUGAGGACAGACGGGUAAGUAAAUCAGCAAGGCACAGCAGUGUGGAUUCCACUGAGGAGACUGAGGCAGAGCAGCGUAGUAUUUAUGAGUGUCUGGAGCUACAGUGUGAGUGGCCGUCUCCCAGUGUUAAAGGGAGCGCUAGCUUAGAAAGAGACUUAGGGGAGAAAAAGGCAGCUGGAGGGACUGCUGGAGCAGGACAGGAAGGGAAACUUGGCUUGUGGAGGGAGAUAGGAGAAAAGAGACAAGAGGAUUACAGAGAAUCAAAAGAGAGGGCCCCUUUAAUUAGACAGGAUUCAAUCACAGCUGAAAUUAACCCUGAAUCAUCAACUCCCCAAACAUUAGACCCUGCUAAAUUAAAAAUUUCCCGUAGUAGCACCAAGCGGCACCAGUCUGCCGGUGUCCAUGUCAGCUUUCGGCCCUCAACAGAAUCCGUCCAGUUCCACAACCCCCUCGAGAACAAGGAGGCCCACUGGAGAGCCAGGCUGCGUCGGCUCAGUCAUUUCCACACGCACAGCCACUCAGCUGGGGAGAGGACAACCAGAGCUGGGGUGGGCUCAGGGGUGAAGCUAGGAGCAGAGGGUCCAGGUAAGUUUGGCUCAGGGAACGGAAUAGGCCAUAAAACACGAGCAAAUGAGAGGUUUUUGCCUGGAGCUUCUGCAGGUAGCACAGAACCUUCUGCAGAGAGCCUGGAAAACAGACUCGGGACAGGAGGGGACACGCAGCACCCAGGAUCCUGUAUGGGUUCCGGUCUGGGUCCAGAGGACAACUCAGAGGGCUUGUCAGGCACUUCAAGCUCCUCAGGGAUGUCCUCAGGAGUGCGAGGACGUUUGGGACGGUCCGCCCUGCGAUCCCGAGUCUCCCGCUCACGCUCCCAGGAGCCCGGCAUCACUACCUCACGACACCACCAGGGGGCACUUCUCGGAGGCAUGUAUAAGACCGUUGUCCACGCCUUGUCCUCCAAACCUCGGCCCAGAGGCCAAGGUUCAUCCCAGGGGUCAUCGCCGCAGCGACAGGCCAGGGCCACCACGGGAGACGCUUCGCUAAAGGAUCUCUACUCCCACGUCCUGGGCUACUUUGGACGAAAGACGACAACGCCAGCCAACAAAGAGGAGGUAGUCCAGAAAGCCCGCCCAGUGUCCAGUGAUCUUGGGAGCAGCAACCCAAACUUCUCUGACCUGAUGGAUGAGUUUAUUCAGGAGAGACUAAGAACCAAAGGGACAGUGGGUCGUCGGGGAAGCAGUCCAGUGGGUCUUGAGGUUCCCAAAGACCUCCCGGAGCUUCUGGAGACCAGUCAGGGGGCAGGGUGUAGACCCACAGAUGAUCCUCGACCUGUUGAUGACCCUGGAGUUCCCUCUGAGUGGACGUCACCUGCUAGUGCCAGCGGUUCCGAUGUUAUUAGCUCCGAUAGCCAGUCAGAUUCCUUUAAUGCCUUUCAGUACUCAGCAUGCAAAUUUGAUAAUUUUACAUUCGGUUCAGAUACAUGUGUGGGAGGAGCUGGUGGCGGCCGAGGCAGCUCACUGGACCAGGAUAGCCUAGGUGGGGGCUUGGUCUGUGACGAACAUGAAGUAGCCAGUUUGACGACACUCCACCUUGACUCCGAGACCAGCAGCCUUAGCCACACAGUCACUGUAACUGGGUCCGAGAGUGCCUCGCCCAUGCAUUCCCUCGGGGGCUCCCGUUCCCAGACCCCUUCUCCAGCCACGCUUACAGCUGAACACACUGAUCACACACAUAGUCAGCCGCACACACACUUACAGCUGGACCAGAAACUCCACAGCUCUGUACUACAGACCCCUGAUGAUCUUGAAACAAGUGAGUUCCCCAGCGAGGACUGCAGUGUGAUGGCAGGCGGCUCUCUAACUGGAUGGCAUGCAGAUGUUGCCACGGUUAUGUGGAGGAGGAUGCUAGGUAUCCUGGGAGAUGUUAACUGCAUCAAGGACCCAGAAAUCCAUGCUCAGGUGUUUGACUACUUGUGUGAACUGUGGCAGAACUUGGCCAAGAUUAGGGAUAAUUUGGGUAUUUCUCUGGACAACCAGUCGUCCCCCCCACCUCCUGUUCUGAUUCCUCCUCUAAGAAUCCUCACCCCUUGGCUCUUCAAGGCCACCAUGCUGACUGAGCGCUAUAAGCAGGGAAAGCUUCAUGCCUACAAGCUUAUCUGUAGGAUCAUGAAGAGACGACAAGAUGUUUCCCCAAACAGUGACUUUCUCACACACUUCUACAACAUCAUGCACCAAGGGCUGCUGCACCAGGACCAGGACAUUGUGAAUACCAUCAUCAAGCACUGCAGUCCCAGGUUCUUCAGUAUCGGUCUUCCUGGAGCCACCAUGUUGAUUCUGGACUUCAUCAUCGCAGCUUCCAGAGUCACUGCAUGUUCAUCACUCAAUGCUCCCAGAGUUGAGGCCCAGAUCCUUCUCGGGUCUCUGGUGUGUUUCCCCAACUUUUACGAGGAACUUGUUGCUCUCCAUCCCACCACUGCUGACGUUGUGCGGACUAAGUUUCCCGAGAUCAAGGAACACAUUAUCAAAACCAUCCUGACCUCUGCCAGGGAUGAACCCUCUGCUCCUGCAAGGUGUGUGGCUUUGUGCAGCCUCGGUAUUUGGCUGUGUGAAGAGUUGGCUAAUGGGACCGAACAUCCUCAGAUUAAAGAAGCUCUCAAUGUGAUCUGUGUGACCCUGAAGUACCCCAACAAGAUGGUAGCAUUGGUGGCUUCAGACAUCCUUCACCUCCUGAUCAGUUACGUGGAUCAUCUUCAGAAAUUCCCCCUUGACACUCCAAAGAAGAUUGUAGAGAUUCUUAUCGCUACUAUCACAUAUUUGCUGCCUAGUACUGAGUCCUCUCCUCAUGAACUGGAUAAGAGGCUAGUAGUUUCCCUUUUGUUGUGUCUGUUGGACUGGGUGAUGGCCCUGCCCCCAAAGAUUCUUCUCCAGCCUGUACAAACACAAAGCUCUCCUGAAAGGGAGCAGCCAACCAAAACACUGCUCAGCUGUAUUUAUAAGAUCCUACAUGGGUGUGUUUAUGGAGCACAGUCUUUCAACAGUCCCAAGUACUUCCCACUGCAGCUGUCGGACCUGUCGAGUCCAGACUACGACCCUUUCCUGCCAUUAGAGAGCCUCCGCGAACCAGAACCUCUGCACAGUCCGGAAUCGGAGCGCUCCAGCAAACUGCAGCCUGUCACUGAAGUUCGUAGCCGUAUCCAGCAAGGCCUGGUUUCCAUUGCAGCCAGAACAGUUAUAACCCAUCUGGUCAAUCAUCUGGGACAUUAUCCAAUGUCCGGAGGGCCCGCAACUCUGUCCAGUCAGGUUUGUGAAAACCAAGACAACCCGUUCAGUGAGAGUGCAGAUCUUGGACCAGAACUUUUCAAUUCACCUAACCUGCAGUUUCUGGUUCUGAAUGGCUCCACGCUGCUAUCUGUUCUGCAGAUCCGAUCAGAGUCUGGUGUCCCGGGAGGAGGAAUGACAGCUGGUUUGUCCUCUGCUCCUGCUUGCGUCCGUGUCAUCAUACGAGACGUUGCCGGAAAACACUCCUGGGACUCCGCCGUCCUAUAUGGGCCUCCGCUGUGCUCCCCGAACAGUCCGGCACAGACACUUUUAACACAGAACCUUCAAUUACGCACUCCACCAGGAGGUCUGCAGAACAAGAUGGAAUUGAAGGAGGAAGACAGUGAGGGAGAUGAGCAGGAGGCGCAGGAGCUGGAGGAGGAAGAAAGACACAUGGAAAGUGACAGACAGGAGUUUCAGUUAGCAGAGCAGGAGAGCAAUGUUGGCAAUGAGAAGGAAAAUCCUGAAGGAGGUGGAAAUGUUGAACCUGUGGAAGAGAGAGCGGAGGAAGAGGAGACACAUGAGCAUCACAUGAGCGAGGAUUCAGGUUCAGAAAAGCUUCUAGCUCCACCACUCGCUAAACGAGUGUGUCGGGAGGCGGUGCCAGCGUGGAAUUCUCUGGAAGCUGGAGAUGAUGCACUGGAUGAGAUGCUGCAGUACCUGGGAUACUCGAGUCCAGAGUGUCUGCAGAGAGCAGGCAUGCCACUCAACAUCCCAGCCCCUCCUCCGGGGUGUGUAUCAGAGAAGCAGGAGAACGAUGUGAUCAACGCCCUCCUGAAACAGAAUGCUGCAGAGCGAGACUUUGUCCUUCAUAGAGGCGAGGAGCUGAACAUGAGGGCAUUGCAGCAGACCGAAUCAGAGACGGAGACACCUCAGUCGGCCUUCUACUACUGCCGGCUGCUUAUCAACACACUGGGACUCAACUCCUGGGAGAAGAGGAGUAACUUUCAUUUGUUGAGGAAGAACGAGAAGUUAUUGAGAGAGCUGAAGAAUCUAGACUCACGGCAAUGUCGAGAGACUCAUAAGAUUGCAGUGUUUUACGUGGCCGAAGGUCAAGAGGAUAAACACUCCAUACUCACAAACACAGCUGGCAGCCAGGCUUAUGAAGACUUUGUUUCAGGACUUGGCUGGGAGGUGGACCUCACGACUCACUGCGGCUUCAUGGGAGGCCUUCAGAGAAAUCGCAGCACUGGCCAGACGACGCCUUACUAUGCCACGUCGACUACCGAAGUCAUCUACCACGUGUCCACUCGCAUGCCCCAUGACCAGGACCAGAACCUCACCAAAAAGCUCCGACACCUGGGCAAUGACGAAGUCCACAUCAUUUGGUCUGAACAUUCCAGAGACUACCGUCGAGGGAUCAUCCCUACUGAAUUUGGGGAUGUGUUGAUCAUCAUCUACCCCAUGAAGAACCACAUGUAUUCCAUCCAAAUACUCAAGAAGCCAGAGGUGCCAUUCUUUGGGCCACUGUUUGAUGGUGCCAUAGUGGACAUGAAGAUUUUGUCCACCAUGGUCAGAGCCACAGCUAUCAAUGCAAGUCGAGCUCUCAAAUCCCUCAUUCCUCUCUACCAGAACUUCUAUGAGGAGCGAGCGCGGUAUCUGGAAACCAUUGUGCAGCACCACCAGGAGCCAACCACAUUUGAGGAUUACGCUGCUCGAGUCUACAGUCCUGCUCCCUGCACUCACCUGCCCUCUGACACAGGCUCCUGCCUAGAGAUUCUUCGGGGAGAAAGUCCGGCUCUUGGGGAGGCCGGGAGCAACUCGGCGUCCCCCAUGUCUCCUCGGACUAGCAAGACCCGCAUGUCAAUGAAGCUGCGACGGUCUUCUGGAUCCGCCAAUAAGACUUGAGUCUCUCUACUCAAAAAUGCUCAGUCAAACAUUUCAUCAUCACUGAUUAAACUUAAAUUAAAACAGGUAAUUUCACAUCUCAUAUUUAUCAGAGGGAAACAAAGGCGGUUUCAGCACAGCUCCUGCACUGAACACUCACACAUGCUCUUUUACAUUCAAAUAUAUAUCUGAUAUAAUCCUACUGUAUCAAUCAGCAGCUUUGCUUUAAAGAAACACUCGUCGCAGUGCUGCUGAAAACGUUCAACCUAAGCUGUGCAGUAUUAGUUUAUACCAACAUGUGCCAUGUACAAAAGUGAACAAACAUCUGUGUGACCAGGACCACAAAACCACAAAAGAAUUAAGAAUUAAGCCACCUCAUGCACUGUUCUGCAAACCGUGUUAAAUAGGAUUUUUGGUUGUGUCAAUCUUCAGAACAAAUCUGUCAGUAUGUUUGAUUUGAUGUCAGAGGAGGCACUUUGACAGAUGUUUGGUUUUUAAGUCAUGCUGUCAACUUCGAACAAGCACUGAUAUUCUUUGCAUUUGUUUUCUCUUUUUUAUGUUAAUUGUGCUUUCACUCAAACACAAUUUUCAUAUUCUGUGUUUUUAUUUGUCCCUCCAAAAACACAGCUGCUUUUUUGUCUUUACUCCUUUGACUUUAAAUAUGUAUUCUGUAUAUCUAUACGAAUAUAAAUAUAUAUAUAUAUAUAUAUAUUAGAUACAUGGAUAUCUAUGAGUAUGUACAGUGUGACGAAGCUUGUUUUGUAAAUAAUUUUGCAAGAAAAGCUGCCAAAGCCAAAACUGUGGUUUAACCUCAGAGCAUGUGUUUGGUAUAAAUGAAAACAUAGGUCAACACUACAGAAUGUUACAUGUAAAUAGAACCUUUUAUCCAUCCGUUUGCACUUCAUCCUCUGGAAAUUUAGACAUGAUCCCAUUUAGCUCACAUUGUUGCAGCUGCAGAACACAUUAGGUGGAGGAUCUCGCUGGUUUGACCUUCUUUCCCCAGACUUAAACUGAUGUCUGAACCAUUCUAGCCACAUAUCUGGGGUUUAAGACUCCAGUGUUUCACUUGUUGCAAAAUGGGUCUUUACAGUUUUCCUGAGGGAACAGCUCCAUCAGAAAACCAGGAUGGAAAAGGCAACAACAGUCAGGAUGCUACAGAUUAACAGCCAAAGAAGAGAAUAGAAUCUCUAUACUUAAACAUUUAAUCUGCUCUCAGUUUAGAGACAUCUCAAAUCUUCAAAUCAAAUUAGACUGAGCUAAAAAAAAUUAUUUUCCAUUCUCAUAUCCAUUUUCCAUUAAUUUGAUUCAUAGAUUUUUUGGGGGGAUUUUCUUCUUUUUACUGAACCCAAUUUUCAAAAAAUAAAAUAAAAAAGCCAAAGAGAGAGUACUUUUUUUGAUCAACUCUCAUUCUUUCAUAAAGUCAGAUUGAUGUUUAGUUUGCGUUUUAGAACUAAGUACAGCCCCUUUAAAUUAUUUUUACAUAGGUUAAUGCACUGUUUAUUGUUAUGACUCAAUGUCCAUUUGGCUGUUAUCUGUACUUGCUGCAUAUCGACAGCAGCUGUGUCGAUGUUAUCCCUGUCCCAGCAUUUAAAUCACCCAUGUUUAAAUGCUCAUCAUGUGAGUCUAUAUGAUAAUUUGGCCCUUUGUAGUCAGUUUCAUGGAAAAUAGGUUAACGAUACUCAGUUUGAUACCCGAUAAGCAUUAGCCAAAAUAAAAAACAAUUGUUGCCUCUGUUGCAAGAUGAGGAAGAAAUUCAGAAUUCCUUCACAUUUGAGCUGCAGCAGAUUUAACUGCCACCUAUCAUGGCUGUGUAUGUUCAAAUGUUAGCAGAUGUUUGUAACUACUGAUGUAAAAAGAAACUGCAUUUCAGCACUAGCUGCAUGUUAUCAAUACACACAUGCUUGCAAACUCUCCACAAACCUGUUGUUUCAAACAAACACAAAAUAAAGUGUCAAUGUGCAAACUAUGGACUUUAACAAUAAAGGAUUUGUACCUGUGA